AUGAUUGCUCGCUUAUAUUUCAUCGGUGGUUCUGCUUUUGUCUCCGGAUGUUUUCUCUUUCACAUUUUCUAUACGGAUCUAUUGCCAGAUUACCGGAAAGCGAUUUAUUUCAUCAUAGAAUCUAUCGUUAUUCUGUGAGUUAUUGAUGUCUGGAUUAAAUUAUGAGAGCGAUUUUUUAGCUACCCAAUGUUUCUUUGCCCAAUUUGCCUGACAUCAUCUAGAAAAGCCUGCAAGACCAAUAUUUCACCAUUGAUUGUUGAUUCUGAUGUUUAUUUCAAACAACUCAAAAAUUCUUGGAAUUGA